UAUAUGCACACAGAGGCACACACAUCAAUCUAGUUCUUUGCUUGCUGGUUACUGCUCUCUGUAAACUACAUCAACAUAGAUCUUUGCCUGUUCAUUCAAGAAGAGUUGUGGCAUUUCCUCCAUCUCCUACAAUUGGGACGACAAGGUGGUAUCAACGAUGUUGGAUAUUUUGGUUGCAGUGAUUGCAGGAGCUUUUACUCUGUGUGCAGCUAUUAUACAAGGAACAUUUACCUACCAUAGCAACAAGAAGAGUAAUGGAAAAUUGGGUUCCCAUGACAACAAGAAAAGCAAUGAUGGUGCUAUGAAACAAUUAGCGUCACUCAAGGAGGAGGCUGAAAAUCUGACGCAAGAAGGGAAGAGGAUUCGGACGGAACAGCAUCAAGUAGUCAACUCUUAUAGAAGCCAUGUUACAGCACUCAUGCUACUUAGCCUAUUUUAUGGCGUUGCCUCUAUCUAUCUCCAACUAAGUUACACCGAUGAGGUUAAGAUGACAAUUCUCUUCUUCUUGGCCUUCGCGGUUGCCUUUAGGACGGCAUUGACGAAGAUCAAGAAAAUAUCUCAGUCGACUGGGGACCUCAGGAAAAGGCUGAAAAAUUUGCAGGACCGAGUCACAGCUUUUCAAAACCGCAAGCCUCACAAGGGGGGAAAGAAACUGCCUCUUUGGCAAAUUGAGGGGCUGGGGGAAGCCAUGGCUAAGGCCACGGAGCUAUUUAAAUCAAAAGAUGAGCAGGCCAACGAAUCAUCGGUGCUUCUCCCUCUAGCAGCUUGUGCAGUUGCACGUGGGCGCUGUAUCCCUGGUCUUUCCCUCUCGCAGCUUGUGCAGUUGCUUGUUUUCAUCUGGUUGCUCGCCUCUACACAUCCCACUCUGCUGCUUUCAACCAUUCUGCAAGGCUGUCUAUUAAUGCUAAUCCACAGCAGAAAGGACUGGGAUCAAGGGCGCUGCCCUGAGGAGGUGAACCAUGAACUAUGAAGCAAUCAAGUCCCUGGAGACAGUUUUCAGGCUUAGUUUGGCUAGGUUUUUGUUUUUUAGAGAUUUUAUGCUAGACAGUGUUUAAACUGUUUAUAGCAUUUAAUUUGGGUAACGUUUAAACUGAUAAUGUGUUUGAAUAAAUAUACUUUUAAACUA